ACUCCUGACUUGGAUCCAUUAGGCAGUGAACAGUCACUGGAGGAUGUGGAAAGUAUUAAUGAGUUUGAGCCUUUGUUUGCUGAGGAACAGCCUGAAGUUGAGAAGCCUGUUGCUGCAGUGCAGCCCGUGUUUAACCUGGCAGAGUACCACCAGCUUUUUCUUGGCACUGAGAGAAUCAGGGCUCCAGAGAUUGUCUUCCAGCCUUCCCUGAUAGGAGAAGAUCAGGCAGGAAUAGCAGAAACCAUGCAAUACGUCCUUGAGAGGUAUUCAAAGGAGCAGCAAGCUGUUCUUGUCCAGAAUGUUUUCCUCACUGGUGGAAAUGCGAUGUACCCUGGACUGAAAGCCAGAGUCCAGAAAGAACUCCUUGAAAUGAGGCCAUUCCAGUCGUCUUUUCAGGUUCAUCUCGCUUCCAGUCCCGUUUUGGAUGCCUGGUAUGGGGCUAGGGAUUGGGCAGUGGAAUACAUGACCCGUGAGGAAGGCUGGAUAACCAGGAAAGACUAUGACGAAAAGGGGGGAGAAUACCUCAAGGAACACUGUGCUUCCAAUGUCUACGUUCCCAUUCGCCUUCCAAAGCAGGCGCCACGGACAGCGGAGGCGCCGGCACCCAGCAGAGCGCUGGCAUCCAGCGCAGGCGGCGCCGGUGACCAGGCCUAG